AUGGAGUUCCUCGACCCCGAGAACCCCAAGUCGCGCUACAUGCAGCGAAUCAACGCCAUGGUGGACGCGGGCAAGCACCGCCUCCUCAUUGACCUCUCGGACCUCCGAUCCUUCGACCCGCACCUCGCGCGCAGGCUCAUCCGCACGCCAGGGGAGCUCUACCCAGCACUAGUGAGCGCAGUGGAGGACGCAGUGAAGCUGGCGCACCCCAAGCACCUGCUCGAGUCGGCAGCCACGGGCGUGGGGGGAGGCGAAGUGAGCGUGGGGUUUGAGGGUCCCUUUGGGUUCCACCAGGUGUCGCCCCGCGAGCUGCUCUCGCCCUUCCUCAACUCGCUCGUCUGUGUGCACGGGAUUGUUACCAAGUGCUCCUCCGUGCGCCCCAAGGUGGUCCGCAGUGUGCACUACUGCCCUGCUACAGGGGCCUUCUCCUCCCGGGAGUACCGAGACGUCACGGCACUCACUGGCCUGCCCACGCCCGCCAUCUACCCCACCAAGGACGACAAGGGCAACAUUUUAGUUACAGAAUUCGGUCUGUGUCGCUACCGCGACCACCAGGCCAUGGCGAUGCAGGAGAUGCCUGAGAACGCCCCGGCAGGGCAGCUGCCGCGGUCGCUGGACGUGCUGUUGGAGGAUGACCUGGUGGAUGCCUGCAAGCCGGGGGACCGCGUGGCCAUAGUGGGCAUCUACAAGGCUGCUCCCAUGCGCGCCACUGGCACCAUCAGCGGCACCUUCAGAACCGUUCUCGUGGCAUGCAAUGUGAUGCAGCUGAGUAAAGACGCGGUUGCCCCCCGCAUGACAGCAGCAGACGUGAGGGCAGUGAGGGCGCUGGCAGCGCGGUCGGACGCGUGGGGGGUGGUGGGGGAGUCGUUAGCUCCCUCCAUCUGUGGGCACGCGUGGGUCAAGAAGGCCCUGGCGCUGCUGCUGCUGGGGGGGGUUGAGAAGAACCUGCCUAAUGGCACGCACAUAAGAGGCGACAUUAACAUGCUCAUGAUGGGCGAUCCCUCGGUCGCCAAGUCGCAGUUUCUUCGAGCCGUCAUGCACGCAGCCCCCCUCGCCAUCUCCACCAAUGGGCGCGGUUCUUCAGGAGUCGGGCUCACUGCUGCCGUCACCACCGACCAGGAGACAGGUGAAAGGAGGCUGGAGGCAGGAGCGAUGGUGCUAGCAGAUAGGGGCGUGGUGUGCAUUGAUGAGUUUGACAAGAUGAGCGAUGCCGACCGCGUUGCCAUCCAUGAGGUGAUGGAGCAGCAGACAGUCACCAUCGCCAAGGCGGGCAUUCAUGCCUCACUCAAUGCUCGCUGCAGCGUUGUUGCUGCCGCCAACCCAAUCUACGGAUCCUACGACCACUCCAUCAGCCCCAUGCGCAACAUCGGCCUGCCCGACUCGCUGCUCUCCCGAUUCGAUUUGCUCUUCAUCCUCGUGGAUCAGAUGGAUGCUGACGUGGACACCCGCAUAGCCAAUCACGUGCUGCGCAUGCACCGCUACCGCCUGCCGGGCGAUGAUGGCACGCUAGCGCCAGGGGAUAUACCCAUGGCAGCACAUGCAGACGAGGAGGACGAGGAGGAAGAGGGGGGAGACGCGGACGGCCCAGAUGCUUCCGCUGCUGCGAUGGACGGUGAAGAUGAUGCCACUCCUGCCACUAGCCGACCUAGGACCAGGAGUGGGGGUAGAGGAGGGGAUGGGGGUGGUGGGAGUGGGGGAAGGGGAGGGGGCAGUAGUGGCGCAGCUGAUUUGGCGGCGAACUUAGUUAAGUACGAUCGCUUACUGCACGGCGAGAGGAAGGCGGGGGAGCCUAUAAGGAAGAUACUUAAGAAACGGUUUCUGAAGAAGUUUUUCCACUUUGCCCGCGGCCGCAGCCCUGUGCUCUCCAAUCGGGCGGCAGAGAAGAUAGCACAGGCGUAUGCAGAGAUGAGGGCACAUGGCAUGGACGCGAGGAGGCGGGCGGACCAAGGAACCCUCCCUGUGACUGCCCGCUCUCUUGAAACCAUGAUUCGCCUGUCCACGGCACAUGCCAAGCUGAAGCUGCGGCGCGAGGGAGCAAGCCUCGAGACCAUGAUUCGCCUGUCCACGGCACACGCCAAGCUGAAGCUGCGGCGAGAGGUCCUGGAAUCGGAUGUAGCAGCAGCAUUGAGCCUCUUGGACUUUGCGCUCUAUCAUCGCGAGCUGGAUGAGAUGGACAAGCGGAUGGAGGAGGAGAGACAGCGCGUGGAAUCUGAUGCUACAACACUAAGCCUGCUGGACUUUGCUCAUUACCAUCGCGAGCUGGAUGAGACGGACAAGCUGAUGGAGGAGGAGAGGCAGCAUGUGGAGCAGCAAAGGAAAGAGGCUGCUGCUGCCGAAGAUGCUUGUUCUUCUUGUUGCUCUCCAUCCCUCCCCAACUUGCCCCUCCAGGUUCUGGAGUCAGACGUGGCAGCAGCACUAAGCCUCUUAGACUUUGCGCUCUAUCAUCGCGAGCUGGAUGAGACGGACAAGCGGAUGGAGGAGGAGCGGCAGCGCGUGGAAUCUGAUGCUUGUUCUCUUUGCUCCUCCUCCCACCCCUGCCCAAACUUCUCCCCUCUAGGUUCUGGAAUCGGAUGUAGCAGCUGCCAGCAGCAGCAGGUGGGGGAAGGACGAGGCAGCGAGGCGGGCGGAAGACAAGGUGCGUUACUGUUUAGUGCUGCUGAGGGGGCUGGUGUUGUUGCUGCUGGUGGUGCGGCUGAUGGUGUGGGUGGGGCUGCAGCAGCAACAGCUGGGGGGCGGAUGCAGCGUCAAAGCGGGCGCAAGACAAGCCUGGGUGAUCCGGCACCUGCUUCUGCUGCAGAUGGAGCCUUCACUGCUGAAAGAUUUGAUGCCUUCCAGCUGGCGUUCAGUGAGCACGCGGUGGCAGCACGGAUCGAGUCGAUAGCAGUGGAGGAGCUGAUAGAGGUGGUCAACAAGCGGUGGCCGGGGAAGGGCUUCACUCGGGCUGAAAUCGAUGCCAUGCUGGAGUGGUCGGUUUGGCUGGUGGGUCAAUUCGAUUUGAUAGCCGUGGAGGAGUUUGUCAGAGGUGGUCAACAAGCGGUGGCCGGGGAAGAGCUUCACUCGGGCUGA